GGGGCGCAGCCGGGUGAAGUUGAAGGCGCCGGGAUCGAAGGGGUCCCGCAGGCUGCGCACGGGCUGCGGCGGGCGGCGCUCGGCGCUGCGCUGCUCGUUCAGCUGCGCCACGAGGCGCACGGCGCCGGGCAGGACGCGGGUGGGCAGCGGGCCCAGCCGGUACCGGAACAGUCCCCGCUCCAUACGGUCACUCCAGCCCGCCAGCAGCGCCCGGUCGAACCGGGAGGGCGCGGAGUCCGGGUCGCCCCAGCCGGCCGCCUGCAGCACGAAGUCCUCCUCGCCGUACACGAACUCCUCGGGGUUCGGCUCGCCCGCCUCCGCUCCCGCCAUCGCCGUCAUCUCCGCGAUUGCCGGUUCCGGAGCCCGGCGUGUGCCCGGGCGGGCGGGGCCGGCUGUGCUGGGGCUGUGCUCGCCCCGCCCGGGGCGGGCAGUUGCGGCUGCGGGCGAGUGACGUGCGGGGGGAAGCGGCGCCAUGGGCGGCUCGGCCAGCCUGAUCCCGCGGGACUUGCUGGGCGAGUACCAGGAGCUGACGUUCCUGAGCAAGCAGGAGAUCUUGCUUGCCUACAAGAGGUUCAGUGAACUGCUGCCAAAGGAGGAGAGGGAGAAUGCCUGCUCCGCGCGGGUUCCCAAGAGCCAGAUCCUGACGCUGCCGGAGCUGCGGGCAAACCCCUUCCAGCACCGCAUCUGCCACGUCUUCUCAACCUCAGAGACCAGGGAUGGCAGCAUGUCCUUUGAAGACUUCCUUGAUAUGCUGAGUGUCUUCAGCGAUUCUGCCACUUCUGACGUCAAGUCCCACUAUGCCUUCCGCAUCUUUGACUUUGAUGACGAUGGCACCCUGGACAGGAAGGACCUGGAGCAGCUGGUGAACUGCCUGACGGGGCAAGGCGAGGAGUCCCGGCUGAGCAGCGCGGAGAUGGAGCAGCUCAUCCAAAACAUCCUGGAGGAGUCUGACAUCGACAAGGACGGCACCAUCAACCUCUCCGAGUUCCAGCACGUUGUCUCCCGCUCCCCGGACUUCGCCAGCUCCUUCAAGAUUGUCCUGUGAACCCCGUGGCUGUCCAGCAGCAUUCCUCCAGUUCCUGCAGCUCCUCGUGGCCUCAGCCAUUUCCUCUUUCAGGGAGCACAGGCCUGGCCCCUCAAUGGCCUGGCUGUGCUACAGUGCCUUGGGCAGGGACCCUCCUGCUCCCCUUUCAGGUGCCUGCUUGGCAGCAGGGGUCCCAGGAAUCUGGGACCUGCUGCCCCUCUGCUCUCCUACCAUUACAAUUUGAAUCCUUAUGCAUUCCAAGGGCAGCUCAGCAGGUGAGGGAGGAAGAGCUGCUUCUGCCUGGGGCCAUCUGCACAGCACAGCCCCUCUCUGCCCCCAGGACCAAUUUCCACCUUGUGCCUUCCAGCAGCAGGCAGGGAGCUGCCUGCCCUGCCAGCCUCUUCCUGCCUCUCCUGUAUUUCUGGGAGCCUCCCUGCUGCCACAUGGAUCCGUUUCUCUGAGCAAUAACCCGAACGUGGAUCCUCUGAGCAAUAACCAAAACGUGGAUCAUUUUUCACCAGCAAUAACCCAGAUGGGGGUGCAUUCUCUGAGCAGUCACCCAAGUCACUGUACAGGUGGCACCCCACAGCAGAGCUGUGCCCCCACAGCUGUGCUCAGAGCCUGUGCUCCUCCUCCUCCUCCUCCUCCCCCCUUUCUCUCUCUGCUCCAGCACAGCAGCUGUGCUGCUGCCCUGGCCUCUUCCUCCCCCAGUCCCUGCGAGGACACAAUUAAAGGGCUCCGGUUUCACCCUU